GAAGGCCUGCUUGGGGUCUGGAGGCGAGUCGUGUUCAAGUCGAGGAACCCCAAGACUUCGAAAGAUCAGGAGAAGUAGGAAGUGUCAAAAAUACAGGAGUUUUUCCCCCAUAUCUGGUCUGGAUACUUCAGCACUGACUACUAUCAUAAGGUGAUUGUUAAUCAAUAAAAUGGCAAGUGGUCCUGCACCAGGAGCUACCAUUGUAAAAGUUGGAUGGCUCCAAAAAAGAGGUGAAUACAUCAAGAACUGGCGGCCUAGAUACUUCCAGUUAUGGAGUGAUGGAAGUUUUAUUGGAUACAAAGAGAUCCCUAAAAGCAAAGAUGCCGUACCUCUGAAUAACUUUACUGUAGCAGAGAGUCAGAUUUUAAGGGUUGACAAGCCAAAGCCCAAUACGUUUUUAGUGAGAUGUCUGCAAUGGACAACAUUUGUUGAGAGGACUUUUCAUGUAGAUUCAUACGAAGAAAGAGAAGAAUGGAUCAGUGCUAUUCAAAAAGUCACUGAUCAGGUACACGACAGUUCUGAAGGCACAGUUGAUGAAAUAGCAGACUCCAAACUGACUUUGGAUAGCUUCACAAUGUUGAGAGUGCUUGGUAAAGGGACUUUUGGAAAGGUUAUGAUGGCACGUAUGAAAAGCACAGGAGAAAUAUGUGCUCUCAAGAUAUUGAAAAAAGAUGUAAUAAUUGCUAAGGAUGAAGUUACACACACACUGACAGAAAACAGAGUUCUUCAGUCAACAAAACACCCAUUUUUAACAGAAUUAAAGUGUUCAUUUCAGACACCUGACAGGUUGAUAUUUGUGAUGGAGUAUGUCAACGGUGGUGAGCUGUUUUUCCAUCUCUCUAAGGACCGUGUCUUUUCUGAAGACCGUUCAAGAUUCUAUGGUGCUGAGAUGACUUUAGCAAUCAAGUAUCUACACGACCAUAAAGUUGUUUACAGAGAUUUAAAGCUGGAAAACCUGCUUUUGGAUGCUGAUGGACAUAUUAAAAUCACAGAUUUUGGUCUAUGCAAAGAAGAAAUCUCUUAUGGUGCAACAACAAAGACAUUUUGUGGGACACCUGAAUAUCUUGCUCCAGAGGUGUUGGAAGAUAAUGACUACGGGCGUAGCGUGGACUGGUGGGGUGUAGGUGUGGUCAUGUAUGAGAUGAUGUGUGGCAGACUGCCAUUCUAUAAUAAAGAUCAUGAAGUGCUCUUUGAACUCAUCCUAACAGAAGAUGUGAAGUUUCCCUCAAGAUUAUCAGAAAAAGCAAAAAGCAUUCUUUCAGGGCUACUUGAAAAAGAUCCACAAAAAAGGUUAGGGGGCAAGUCAGACGACGCCAAGGAGGUCAUGAAACAUCCUUUCUUUGACAUCAUCAACUGGGAUGAUUUAUACAACAAAAAAAUAAAGCCACCUUUUAAGCCAGUUAUCAAGUCUGAAACAGAUGUUUCCAACUUUGAUGAAGAUUUCACUAACGAACCAGUCAGACUCACUCCACCGGAAGGAAGCCAUCUUGAAGGGAUUGCUGAAGUUGAUGAAGGUGAAGCAUUCGACAAGUUUACUUUUAUACCAGACCCACAAAUUUCAUGAUGUUUUUAUCCAUCGAGGACAUUACUCAAGUCAGUCAUUCUCUCUCGUAUUACUAAUACUAUUGAUAGCUUUGAAUACUUCAGUGGUUAGGCCUUAUUUCCUUCAAAAAUGCUUAAAACUUUCAUUAUUAACUGGAGCUAUUUGUGAAAGUACCUUAAUACAAUAUGUACUCUUAUGAUACACUAGACAAAAUUACUGGCUUCUGAUUGAACAAGAGGAGUACAAUUAAAUCCCAAAUUGUACUCUGUAGAGUCUCAAUUAAGUUGCUCAAUUUCGUUGAGUAAACACAAUGAACACAAAAUAGCAUGAACUCAAGUACAAUUUGGAAUUUGCAGGUACAAGUGAUGUUUUGAGAGUUUUCAAAAUUGGACAAGCCUUUAUAGUUAGGCAAGUUCAAUUUGAGAACUUUUAAAACAUCAUGAGUAUCUAUAAAUUCAGAAUUGUUUAUAAUACACUCAACAAAACCAAGCAACUUAAUUGGGACUUUACAGAGUACAAGUUUGGAUGAAAUUGAACUCUUCUUGUCCAAUCAGAGUCGAGUAAUUUUGUUGAGUCUAUUAUAAAUAAUAAGUACUAACGAUAAUAACUACUGAUAAAUGAAAAAUUAUAUUAUUUUCAUACGGGGAAUCAUUCAAAACCAAUGUUGUUCAUGCCGACUGCAAAUAUGUCACGACAAAGGAAAAAGGGUGUCCAACAAUUAAGAUUAUAGAUCUUUUAAAAUUGGGAGAAAUGUUUUCCCAUUUCAUACCAUCUUUAUUUCUGAUUCAGAGACAAGUAAAUAAUAUGAAAUGGAAAUUGUGACAAUUUAAAAUAAAUUGAAAUGGUAACUGUCACAUCAAAGCUGAAAAGUUCUAGAGUGAAGUCAUUAAACCCGUGCAAUAGAUAUUAGACUAAUACACUUUGUGUCUUUUUGACCAUUACACUUUGACUAGUAUUUUUUAUUUCACGGGUUAAAUGCCUCCGCUCUAUUCCUGAAUUAAACUUUCCAUUUAGUUACCAUAUUUCCUCUAUUAAGCACCCGGCCUCUAAUAAGCCCCCCUCUAAUAUGCACCCAGUCCAAAACCACUGAAAAAGAAUAAGCUGUUUGAGGGCUUAAUUGAGAGAAGAGAGGUAAACUAAUCCAAUACAUGUAUUGAUCCUAUAAUAAGAUUUCUAGGAUUUUGUAAAAAGCAGUCACUUUUCACUCACUGCAGGUAAUUGUGCUUAGUGAUAAACUAAAUAUCCACACCCUCCACCAUAGUGGAAGUUUCAUGGGUUUAUAUUGUUGGCACUUUAAGAUGGUUUGAUGUUGAAUACUGGAGAGUUUUGGGUAUCCAUUAGGCAUCCCAAUACUCAAUUUUAUGGUUCCAUUCAGUGACCACAAAUAAUAGUAUCAAGUCAAGGCUGGAAUUUCUGCGCAUGACAAAGCUAUACUUUUUAUCAUGCGCAGCGACUCCAACCUCGGCUUGGAACUAUUAUUCAUGGACACUGAAUAAAACUGUAAAAUGGAGUAUUCUCAUCCCCAGCUGGAGGUUUU